CUGUCAUUGAUGUAUUUUGUUUUUGUUCACUAAAUAAUUAGAAGAUUGAAGAGGAAAGAUCAAAAGCUAUCAGUUGUUGUUAGAGAUGAGGAAUGCAGAGCUCAUCUUUAUCCCAACACCAACCGUUGGUCAUCUUGUUCCGUUUCUUGAAUUUGCUAGGCGUCUCAUUGAGCAAGAUGAUAGGAUCCGUAUCACAAUCCUCUUGAUGAAACUACAAGGUCAGUCUCAUCUGGAUUCCUAUGUUAAGUCAAUUGCUUCCUCUCUGCCGUUUGUUAGAUUCAUUGAUGUCCCUGAGUUAGAGGAGAAACCUAUACUUGGUAGUACACAGUCUGUGGAAGCUUAUGUAUAUGAUGUUAUUGAGAAAAAUAUCCCUCUUGUGAGGAAUAUAGUCAUGGAUAUUUUAUCUUCUCUUGCAUUUGAUGGAGUUACGGUCAAGGGAUUUGUUGCUGAUUUUUUCUGUCUCCCAAUGAUUGAUGUUGCAAAAGAUGUAAGUCUCCCUUUCUAUGUGUUCUUGACUACAAAUUCCGGGUUCUUAGCUAUGAUGAAGUAUCUAGCAGAUCGACAUAGUAAAGAUACAUCGGUUUUUGUAAGAAACUCCGAGGAAAUGUUGUCGAUUCCUGGCUUUGUAAACCCUGUCCCAGCCAAUGUUCUGCCAUCAGCUCUGUUUGUUGAAGAUGGUUAUGAUGCUUAUGUUAAGCUGGCUAUACUGUUUACCAAGGCUAAUGGAAUCUUAAUGAAUUCGUCCUUUGAUAUUGAGCCUUACUCUGUCAAUCACUUUCUUGAAGAACAGAAUUACCCUUCUGUUUAUGCUGUUGGCCCCAUAUUUGACUUGAAGGCCCAGCCUCAUCCAGAUCAGGACCUCGCCCGUCGUGACGAGUUGAUGAAAUGGCUUGAUGAUCAGCCCGAUGCAUCGGUUGUAUUCCUUUGUUUUGGGAGUAUGGGCAGGUUAAGAGGUCCUCUAGUGAAGGAAAUAGCUCAUGGACUUGAGCUAUGUCAGUACAGAUUCCUCUGGUCACUUCGGACUGAAGAAGAAACGAACGAUGAUCUUUUUCCCGAGGGAUUCCUUGACCGUGUCAGCGGUCGGGGAAUGAUAUGCGAGCAACAACUCAAUGCGUUUCUGAUGGUGAAGGAACUUAUGCUCGCAGUGGAGCUGAAGCUUGAUUACAGGGUACAUAGCGAUGAAAUAGUAAAUGCAAACGAGAUAGAGACUGCUAUUCGUUGUGUAAUGAACAAGGAUGAUAAUGUUGUGAGGAAAAGAGUGAUGGAUAUCUCGAAGAUGGCGCGGAAAGCGACGUGUGAUGGUGGAUCUUCGUAUUCGGCUAUUGAGAAAUUCAUACAGGACGUGAUAGGAAUUAAGCCUUAGCUGUUUCUAUCCAUUAGGAAAAUAACCUUUCUAUUUCACACUAAAACUUGUUCUUGAAUCAACUGCGAGUGAAUUU